UACAUUAUUGCACUAACGCAACUUUGUAUCGAUUCUGCAGAGAAACGUGGCACAACACUACGAGUAGUUUGGGACAAAAUAGGUUUAGUCCCAAAAUAAGUCAGAUUAGAUGUGACCUUUUUUUUUUAAUGCCAAUGAUACGACUACCCGCUUGUUUCCUUAUUCGGAAUUGGUUUCUCCAUUAUGCACGCUUAAAACUGUCUCGCAACCUAUGAGGGUUUAUUUCUGUGGGAUGUAAUGUAAUGGAGUUACACCAAACACCACAGAAGUUUGACUGAGCAGUGCGAUAAGGUGGACAGUGACCGACCAUGUCAACAGAUCCCAAUCUUUUUCCUCCUCCUCCACCACCACCUCUCAUGGCCCCAGCUUCACUGGUGCCAAACAAACAGAAGCUCUAUCAGGCCAUAGCAGCGGGAAAAUCCCCCAUGGAGGGGGACUUUGAGGAGGCCCGGUUACUACUUGGGCAGAGAGAGAGUAGUUUCAGGAAGGACCUCCAGUGGGUGCUCAUUAACACCUACGUGCCUUCACUGAUUCAGGAUGGCCCUAAAUGUGGCUUAGUGGCCUUAUGGAUGGCUGCAUCUUUACUGAAGCCUGCACAGGCCAUGUCCUUAGAGAAGAUCACCCAGACUGCACUGGACAAAGGUUAUACUGCCCAGGGAGAAAUGUUUUCAGCCAGUGACAUGGCUCUUCUUGCGGAGGAGGUGUGCGGCUGCAGAGUUCAGAGGCUGUCGGGUGGCAUGGCAGGUGACAAUGCUGUGACUAUCCAGAAGCAUCUCACUGGUGGCCAGCCGAUCUUAAUACCGUAUCCAUAUGAUGAGGAUUUUAACCAUGAACCCUGCCUACGCCAAGGACACAAAGCCCACUGGGCUGUAGCAUCAGGUGUUCUGCUUGGCCUGGUCCAGGGGAGUGUAACCAGCAAGCAGAUGCCCAGAGACACCACUCUGCCCUGGCUCCACAUUUGCCAAGGUGGAGUCCCUGCUGAGUGGCCCAUGAGUGCAGUCAGCGAGGUCUACGUCUUAACCAAACAGGGCAAGAGCCUACGCUACCAGCUGUGGGAGUUCGACACAGUGACACAGAGUAAUGCUCAGCUCAAGGAAAUGGAUCCCCAGAGGGCUAGCGAUGGAACAUACUAUGUGCUGCCCCCUGGUGGAGUGGAGGAGGGACUGGCAGGCCAAGUGGUGUUGCUCUACACAUGCCCACAGCCAAACUGACCAUAGGAGUGGCUAAUUGAGUACCUCUAUUGACAGGAUUUUAUAUUUUGGAAGUUUUGAGGUUAUGUGUGUGAAAAGUGUAAUAAGUAUGUUUUGAAUUGAAAAGCGGUGUAAAAUCUGUCACUUCAGCCUGCAUUUCACACUUUGUCCACUAGGGUGCAUGUGCUACCCCAGAGGAAGCACUCAGGUUUUUAUGGAAAUUUAUGAAAUUCCCUUUCUUGUGAAAUUUGGAUGCCUGGACAUUCCAGGUCUUGAGGAAGCUGAGCAACAUAUUCUUGCUACUGUGACUCAGAAAUAAACCCAAAGGAUUUUGUUACCUUCAGUCACAUCAUGUUUUUCCAAAGGUGCCAGAUACUGUUGAUAUAUAUUUAUAUUGAUGUGCUAUGAUAACUUGGCACCUUUGAGAACAUGCGUUAUAAUUAGGUAUAUUCUGGGAAGUUGUUUGUAAAGGACAUGAAACAAAAGGGGGUGUUUUGGCUGUACAGUUUGGGAAGUCCUGAGUAUAUAAACGAUUCUCAAGUUCAUUUCUGAACCAGCAUCAGUGUAGCAGGUCUGCUAUGACUCAUACACUGUGACUAAUGGACCUGUAAGCACUACUGCCACACCUGCGAUGGCUGGUUCUCAGGAGGGAAUAACAUCCAGGCUGAAAAGCAUUUGUAGAAAACACCACUUUUGUCUCUUCAGAAAUACACCAGUUUAAAGUGAUAUUUGCUAUAAACAUGAUUCAGUUAUUAUAAAGGAAUACAAUUGGUCAUAUGCACCUACUUCAUUUUCACAGACUGUUACUAGUUGAGUCUUAGGUAAAGUGUACUAAGGGUUAACCUAUGGUCAUUGUAUGUUGAGCAAGUGUUUCUUCUGUUUAAGGAACUUAUGAAAGCAGAAACAUGAUGCAAUAGGUUCAUAAUGGAAAACUAAGUUUACAUAUGGGUGAUGAGGCAUGUAAUCUGUAUCUGAAUUUGAGACAACUACUAAUAAAAACAGUUUGUAUAACACACACACCCAAAUCACAUUACAUAUUUGAAAUGCUCUCGCUGAAUGUAAUAAUGAGAAGAAAGUUCUUUUAAUGCUCACAGUUCCAGUUUAUUGCAUUAGCAUUCAAAGAUAAAGAAAGUGGGAGAACAGCCAAGCACUUAAGUCCAUUUCUGGGCUAUAAAAUUUUCCUAAACCAACCUGUUAUUUCUGCAUAAAAUAAAAGAACUGAAAUGUA